UCCUACAGCUGUCAACGGACUUCCAUUACCUCCUCUCAAUCGAUCUUAUCUACUUUAAUCGGCAUUUCUUUUUGGCAGGCCUUCGAAUGUCUGGACCUCUAUUGUGCUCUGCUUCACUUCAUCUCGAUGCCAAGACAAGCUUAGCCCACUGCAAAAUGCACGCAACAUCUCGACCCUGGACGCAGCAACACCAUCGCCAGCUUUUGAGCUUGCCUAUCUUCUUUCCUUGGUAUGCAUUAAAAUGGCAGACGCAAGCGGCGCCCCAAGGCGCGUAUCCAUGGCGUACAUCCUUGGCUUCAGCAACAAGCCUUUCAAAAAUGGAGGGCCACCUGCGCCGCCACCUGCGCCUCGCCAUCCAAGCGCGUUCAAGAGAAUGGUCACAACGCCCGGCGGUGUUAUCGAGUGGGCCGCCAGUGAUGGUCGACGUGGUACCCUCACCGGUCCCGGCAAGCCACGCCUGACGACUUCCAACGUUGCACAAGUUCCUGACGGCAAUGUGCCGGAAGUCAAGGCUGCUUCGGAGAAAGUAGCAGACGAAGACGAUGGCGGUCUUUUCGGCGGUGGACUGUUCGGAAACGUGCCUGCUGCACCAGCCUCGGUGAAAGUUGCAGAUGGCGACAAUCUCGCCGACGGUACCUGGACCAAAGAGGAGGACGAGAAGCUUUUAGAGCUCAGAGCAGCGAAUCACAAAGGCCCAUGGGCCUCCAUUGCUGACGAGCUGGGCAAGAAAGAACACGAAUGCAAGGCGCGUUUCAAGGUGGUCAAGCCUAACGAUUGGCGACCAAAUAAUGCGGGAGGUGGUGGUUGUGGUGGCGGCAAGCAAAAGAAAGGCAAACAAAGGGACCAAAUGGGGCAGAAGAUCCAGCAAGGUGGUGACAACAAUCCUGAUGAGAAGAAAGGCGAAAACAAUGCCUCCGGGGACAACCCUUGGGUCACUGGUGGAGCCAACAAGGAUGGAGACAAUCAAAACUCCGGCGGCUUCAAAGCCAACACGAGUAAUGGGUGGAAUACCGGCGGCGGUGGUGGCGGCAGGGUAGAAUGGGACACCAGCGCUAAAAACAACGGCUCUGGCGGCUUCGGCGACACCACACCCGCAUGGGGCGCUGGAGGCGGUGAUUCGGGAGGCAACGAUCCAGAGAGAUGGGAUACUGACAACAAUGGCGGGGGUAAUUCUGGAGGCGGUGGCGGAGCAAACGGCUGGGAGAAUCCAGCUGGGGGCGAUGCAUGGGGCGCACCAGCCAAUAACACGUCCAAGGAUAACACCUCGAAGAAAAGCUCGUCGGUGAAGGACUCAUCGUCCAAAAAGGAUGUCAAGUCAUCUUCCAACAAGCACUAUUCGCAGUCUGUGUCGAAGCACCGCUCUUCUCGCAGCUCUGAUAAGGCUUCUAUCUCAGUACCGGCUGAGUACGAACUCAAGCCCGACUCUAUAUUCUCUGCUGACGACUUACGACUUAUCGCGAAGAUACUGCAGCAAGACUGCUCGAUGGUGUGGGACAGGGUCAGCUGGAGGUUCAAAGACAAGACAGGCAGGAAUGUACAUCCUGACGUAUUCGAGAAAAAGAUCACAGGCAAGAUCGAGAACAGAACUGAUUGGUGAAUUUGGCCUCCGAGUCUGGGAUGACCUCUUGACCGUCGGUU